GCUGCAGGACGUGGACGAAGAAGAGGAAGAAGAAGAAGAAGUAAAGCAGCAAUAACAACAGGAGUUAGCAUGGCUGCUGACAGUGACCCCGAGUCAGAGGUGUUUGAGAUCACCGAUUUCACCACAGCGUCAGAGUGGGAAAGGUUUGUGUCCAGAGUGGAGGAAGUGCUAAACGACUGGAAGCUGAUUGGGAACUCUACUGGAAGGCUGUCCGUGGAGAAGGGUGAAUACACCAGUGGCACCUGGAAGGAGAAAUCUCAGGAUAUCAAUUUUGCUGACUUUAAGUUCUUCUUAACUCACUACUCCCUGAAAGAAGAAAGUGACAAGGAUGAUGGGAAGGACAAGCUUGAGGAAGAUGCCUUCCCUUUGGCAAUGAAGGACCUUUUGUGUAUGAACAAUGAUUUCCCCCCACGAGCCCACUGCCUGGUCAGAUGGUAUGGUAUUCGAGAGUUUGUGGUCAUCAGCCCUGGAGCCAACUGCGAGGCCGUUAUUAGUGAGUCCAAAUGCAACCUGCUCCUCAGCUCCAUCUCCAUUUCUCUGGCCAGCAGUGGCUGCCAGGUGCCCAUGUUCGUUCAGAUCCAGCAGAAGUGGAGACGGAUCUAUGCUGGAGAGUGCCAAGGGCCAGGUGUGCGCACUGACUUUGAGAUGGUCCACCUCCGCAAGGUGCCAAGUCAGUACAACCACCUGUCCGGACUGCUCGACAUCUUCAAGUCUAAGAUAGGUUGUUCUCUGUCCCCUCUACCUCCAGUCAACAUUGCGAUCCGUUUUACCUACAUUCUCCAGGACUGGCAGCAGCAUUCAUGGCCACAGCAGCCUCCAGACUUUGACACAAUCCUUGGAGGUGAGGUGGGAGGGGUGGAGUUCGGGAAGCUUCCUUUUGGAGCCUGUGAGGAGCCAAUCAGUGAACUUCAUCUUGCAGCCACUUGGCCUCACCUGACAGAAGGCAUAGUUGUGGAUAAUGAAGUCUACAGCGACCUCGACCCUCUCCAAGCUCCUCACUGGACGGUCCGAGUCAGGACGGCCGAAAACCCUCAGUGUUUACUGGGUGACUUGCUGACAGAGUUCUUUAAGCUCUGCUGUAGGAAGGAGUCUACUGAAGAGAUUCUGGGAAGACGAUUGGCUGAAGAUGAGGGUAAAGAAAAUAGUGACAUCAGCUCCGCUUUAUCCAAGCUGACCGAGCCAGCCGCAACGGUCCCCAUCUCCAAACUGUCUGUCUCCAAUAUGAUGCACAGCGCCCGGAAGCACAUCCGACGCCACCGACGCAUCGACGAGUCACCACUGAACACCGACAUACUCAAUUCUGUCCUUCUGUAUCUCUUCCCAGACGCAGCUGUGGAGAAGUCAUCAGAGAACAGCAAGAGUAAAACUGCACAGGCAAACUCCUGCGGGAAAGCUGACCAAGAUAAAAGCUCUGACUAUAACCUUUUCCUCCAUUUAAAGUCGGCACCCAGCGACAGUCUGACCUACCGGCUGGCACUGUGUGUGUGUCUGGUGAACUACAACCACGGUGGGCUGCGGGCUGUCGCCCAUCUCUGGCAGGAGUUUGUCCUAGAGUUGCGCUACCGCUGGGAAAACAACUACCUCAUUUAUGGACUGGCCGGUGGAGCUCCUGAUCUUCGUUGUUGUCUUUUGCAUCAGAAGCUCCAGAUGCUGAACUGCUGCAUCGAGAGGAAGAAGGCCAGAGACGACGCUCGCAAGGCCCUGGAUGGAAGCAGAGAGAGGGAGCAGAGGGUGUCUGGUGGUGGCCAGAACAGCUGUCCCGCACCAGAGUCAACCACCUCGACAAGGGAGGUGUCUCCGGGGAAGUCCUGGGACUCUUGGAGUGAUAGUGAGGACGAGUUCUUUGAGUGCCUGAGUGACCAGGGGGAGGUGGAAGCUCCACACACUGAGGGAGAAAAGGAUGGCGGUAAAAGCAAAGCAGAGGGCAGGCUGCACCCCAAUAACAACAUGACUCUGCUCAACUCUGCAGAGCCUCUCUAUGUUCCUGUCACACAGGAUCCUGCUCCCAUGACGGAGGAUCUCUUAGAGGAGCAGUCAGAAGUACUGGCCAAACUGGGCACAUCAGCUGAAGGUACCCACCUCCGUGCCCGGAUGCAGAGUGCCUGUUUGCUUUCUGACAUGGAGUCCUUUAAGGCAGCUAAUCCAGGCUGUGUUCUGGAGGACUUUGUGCGCUGGUAUUCACCAAGGGAUUACGUAGAGGACGAGGUGGUCGACGAGAAGGGUAACAAGGUGGUGAAAGGCAAGCUCAGUGCAAGGAUGAUGAUCCCAGGCAACAUGUGGGUGGAGGCCUGGGAAACAGCCAGGGUUAUACCGGCACGCCGCCAGAAAAGACUUUUUGACGACACGAAGGAGGCGGAGAAGGUUCUGCACUACUUGGCAGUGCAGAAACCUGCAGACCUGGCCCGCCAUCUCCUGCCAUGUAUAGUACAUGCUGCUAUACUGAAGCUGAAGGAAGAAGAGUCAGUAGAAGACAUUCCAUCUGUUAAAAAAAGCAUCCAGCAGGCUACAGCUCAAGCCAGCAAGCUGCUGCACCCUCACAACCACGACUACAAGAAGUUAGAGGAUUUCAUUAACCAGUUGACGGCCAUGGAAACAGUCGUCACCCGGGCUCGCUCGCUCAAGGCCAAGUUUGCCAUUAGCGAGGGUGAGAAAGGAGAGGACGCAGGCGAACUAGAGAAGUUUGUGAGCUCCUUGCUGGAAGAACCAGAAGUUGUAGUGAUCGGAGCUGGCCAGGGGCCGGCUGGCAGCAUCAUCCACAGGCUGUUUAUCAACGCUCAGAGGCUGGCUGACUUCACCAGUGACGAGGCCGCCCUCCUGUCGCCACUGGACGAAGACUCGCGGCACGACAGGAAGUCGACUGGUGGAAGCAACAAAGUGCCCGACUUCCCUUCUCCGGCAGGCCGGGAGAUUCUCUUGCGUACUUGUGUACCUCGGCCGGCGCCUUACUCCAAAGCCCUGCCUCAGCGGCUCUUCUGUGUGUUGAUGAGGGAGGAGUUCAGGCUGGCAGGGGCCUUCUCUUCAGACACUUCCUUCUUCUAGGAUUAAAUACCUGUACCCAGUGUUUCAUCUGAAACCAAGUUCCAUUUUGCUUAUUACAAUUUUACAGUGUGGAACGCCACCCUGUGUCAGAUCAGACACAGGGUGGCAUAUUUAAAGGAUUCGUUUGUCACUCAAUUUGUGGACAGAAAUGCUUGUUCAAAACUAGCAGGUGUUUUUAUUCAGGCAUGACAAACAUGAGAUGGCUACAUAUCUACAGCCAGGACACUAAUUAGCUUUGCUAUCAUUUGGUCACUUCAUUUAAAAAAUAAAUAAAUAAAAAUACGCUAAAAACUCAACACUCAGGUAACAGGCCAACUUAUAUCCUAUGUAGUGCAUGCUGCUUAAAUGUCACUAUAUACAGCUGCAAAUAUCAAGCAUUUUUAUGUGGAGGGGUUUAAAUGAAAGUAGAUGAAUGGGAAGCUUAAAACUGAGGUUAAAAGAUGGAGGUGCUGAAAUUUGGAGGGAUGAUCAUGUUCUUAGCCUCACCCCCAGUCAUGUCAGCCACAUGGUUUCCUUCUUCUGGUGCCCUUGAUAGAAACUUCAUUGUAAUCUCCCUUUGACUGACAUCACAACACACACUUUUCAUCCUUGUGUUAAGGUGAACAGUGUAAGUUCACUGAUGAUUCCUGAAACAAGAGAGCAUGUUGCUCAUGAAAGCUCGCUGAUCAUACACAAGUGCAAUCAUACAUCUUGCUCUGAAGUACAGUUACAUAAUAUUGCAGCAGAUGUGCAGUGUGAUCACAUUCAUUUCAGAAGGAAAACUGUUGCCAUGUUAACCUGUGGCAAAUGGUUUGCGUUAGACUGAUGUAACAGGUGAUGGGAGUCAUCUGUGUACAGUACAUGUUGGAUGUUGGUCCAAAUUGUAAAAUAAACUGUUCUCCUGUCUCA